CCUCUCUCCUCUUUCAUCUUACAUUAUGGUUCUUUGUUCAUUUUGUCCAAGAACAUUUUGUCUUAUAGUUUCUAUAUGUAUUCUUCAAUCACAAUCAACACAGAGAAGAAGAGAAACUCAACCAACCAAAACAAAUUACCAAAGCCCCAUUUCCAUACACCCCCUUUCUCAGUUUUAAUCAACAUAGCAAUUAAUUAUUUCAUUUUACUCUUUUUCACUUAAUUGUGAAUUGUGAUGACCGAAUCAAUUUAUCACAUGUCUUGAUUAAUUCUACGAAAUAUCGCUCGCCUCUUAUUUUCCUCUUCUUCUUUAGCUAUCUGGUCAUUUUGUUUCAAGAAUUUAUCAAAUUAGUGAAAAACACACAAGCACACAUAUCUUUAAACCUUAGAGCAAACACAAAAUCAUCCAAUAUGGACUUAACUUGCACCAACAACCCCACCCCUACGCCUAGCCACACCCCCACCAAAACCCCAGAUUCAGAAAUUGAUACCCCACCAUUAAUCAAACCUCUAUCUUUCACCAACUUCACUUUCAAGAAUCACCACCACAAUCACAACCACAACCGCCAACCACCAUGUGCACCACCAUCGUCUACGGCGGUGACAUACAAAGAAUGUCUGAAAAAUCAUGCAGCAAGUAUAGGUGGACACGCAGUAGAUGGCUGUGGUGAGUUCAUAGCUUCACCAGAAUCCACACAAUCCAAUCCCAUUUCACUAUCAUGUGCUGCUUGUGGCUGCCACCGUAACUUCCACCGCCGUGAACCAUCGGAAAAUCAAGAUUUCAUCAGUUUCCGCCACCAUAUUCUGCCACCAAUCCACCACUUUUCCCCCUCCUCCUCCCCUUCUUCCUCCCCAUCUCCACCUCCACCACCACCACUACCACAACCUCAACCUCAACCUAUAAAAGCAGAAAAGCCAUGUGGGAGAAAGAGGUUUAGGACAAAGUUUACACAAGAACAGAAGGAGAAAAUGCAUUUGUUUUCGGAGAAAUUAGGGUGGAAGUUACAGAAGGUUGAUGAAGUUGCUGUUGAUGAAUUUUGUCGUGAAGUAGGAGUUGGUAAAGGGGUACUUAGAGUAUGGAUGCAUAAUAAUAAGAAUACUUUUGGGAAAAAAGUACAUAGUUUUGAGAACAAAAAUGGGUUUAAUAUGAAUGGUGGUACAAGUAGCAAUGAAGAUAAUCAUCGUCACAACGACAACAACAAUGAUAAUAGUACAAGUAAUUGUGAGCUUCAUCUUCAUAUUUCCACUAAUGGAUCGUCUUCUUCAUCCUGACUUCAGUAUUAUUUAGGGUGUUCACUGUCUGAGCAACUACCCCGGUCUGCUUUAGUAAUUUUGCAACAGAAAAGUAUGUUUUCUUUUGUUUAUUUGUUGUAGCUACUGUUAAAUGUUCAUGGAAUUGAAACCCAAGAACAAUGAAUAAUAAGGAUCUAAGAUGUUUUUUUA